AUGUCACUCCUCGUCACAGAAAUGCAGUCUACGAAGCAACCUUCCUGUGUUCCGCGACGGUCGUCUGUCUUGACUCUACUCGUUUUUCUUGUCGUUUUGGUUAACUCAAUGACCUUAGGCUACGAUGGAAACAUGAUGAACUCGCUAAUGAUCCUGCCCUCUUUUUCGGAUUACAUGCACUUUACGACAGCUACACAAUCACUAAGCUCUUCUAUAAUAUGGAUUGGUGGGGCGGCCAUUGCACCCUUUGGCGGUCCUUUCGUUGAUAAAUUCGGUCGCAAGAAUGGUAUGCUUGGAGCCGCUGUAAUAUCUUUUAUUGGUAUUGCCCUACAAGGGUCCUCGCAGAAUGCCGCGAUGUUCAUGGUUGCUCGUUUCAUUCUCGGAAUGGGAGUGGGAUUCGGCUCAAUUGCCUGUCCGACUUAUGCUUCCGAAGUCGCGCCGACAAAAUAUCGAGCUUUCCUGCUGGGCUUCUACUAUGACAUCUGGUAUUUUGGGGGCAUGAUUGCAGCCCUAAUCACCUAUAAAACAGCUGAGCUCCAAAGUGCCUGGUCUUGGAGGUUACCAUCUCUUUUACAAGCUAUCCCGAGUAUCUUAAGUGUGGCUUUGCUGCCAUUUGUUCCUGAAACCCCCCGAUGGCUUGUUGCACAAGGAAAGAAUGAGGAAGCACUUCAAGCCUUGGCUAUUAUUAUCGCUGACGGUGAUGUCACUAACACCGAGGUGAACAUGACAUACAGUCAAAUUGUCGGAACCAUUGCCUAUGAGAGAGAAAAUCCUGCCUCUCAUGGUUGGCUUGCAGCAGUCAAAACCCCAUCUAACCGGAGACGGACUACCCUUGCCAUAUCUGUCGCUCUUAUUGGAAAUCUGAGCGGAAGUGCAAUUGCAUCAUACUGGCUAGGGACCAUGCUCAGUCAAGCCGGUAUUAGCGACACAUACAGUCAACUACAAAUCAACAUUGCCCUUAACGUAUGGUGUCUGGCCUGUGCUGGAACUGGCACACUUAUUGCAGACAGGGUUGGGCGAAAAAUGCUCGCGAUCGGAAGCUUAUUAUUCGCCCUUGUCUCCCUAUAUCUAGUAGGAGCUUUGACAAAAUGCGAAUGUGGAUAUAGUUUUGGAUGGACUACGUUACUUGUCAUGUACCCGCCAGAAGUAUUAAACUUCUCCCUCCGUGCAAAUGGCAUGGCUAUAUACACGUUCAUGUCUAACUCGGCCUCGGUAUUUGCUACGUUCAUUAUGCCCUUUGCACUUAAUAGUAUCGGCUGGAAAACCUACAUGAUUAACGCCUCAUGGGACGUUUUGGAGGUCAUUUUUGUAGCCCUCUUCUGGGUGGAAACCAGCAAACGGUCGCUAGAAGAAAUUGACGAGCUCUUUGAGGGAGAAAUUCAUUCCAGCAAUGAUAAUUUUGUGCGCCAAUACGUCCUGCGUGAGGCUUGA